CAUGUGAGGGGGGGCACCAAGAAACAGUCACUCUGGCGGCCCGAACUGUAUUUCCCACCUCCUGGAAAAGCUCCGCCCCGGUUCUGGAGGUUUGACGGCGGAAACACUUCGACCUCUUGGUGGUGUUCGUGUUCGCUGGGGUAAGGCUCCAUAUACUCGAGCGUUAGAGCUUAGUGCAAGUCUGCGUCUCAUCGCAUGGCUUCGUCGUAAUCGACGUCACGUCCAAUAAGCUCCUGGGCCGAAAUGUUUUGUGCAAGGACUUGCCUUUGCACUUUCGUCAUCGCACAGGCAGCCAAUCAGCAGAGAAGAGAGAAAGCUAUCUAUCAGCGCCAUGAUGGUGAGCUGUCGGUCUAAAGCAAGGCCGGCUUGUCAGCAAUGCAGAACGCAUAUGACGGGCUUGGCACUGCGAGACAGAUCAGCGGGACCCAUGCCUCCCGAAGCAUGGAAACUGGUUUAUCCAAUCUGUAUAACGGCACAAGUAACGUGGCUUCUUUAACGAACAGACUCGGUAUUACCAGCAGAGAGAUGCAAGUGGCCGGCUCUCAAGGCGGCUACGCGCGAGAAUCCCCGGAGAUGAAGUACAUGCCGCCGCAGCAUCAGGGUCAAAACGGACAUGCUCUCGGGCCCCACCAUCAAUGGGUUAGUCUACCUUCUCAUAAUGACCCUUCGGGCUGGUCGUCCAGCAUGCAUCAUCAUGGGCUGCACUCACAGGACAUCAAGCCUCUUCACCAUUCGGGGUCGGAGCUACAUCACAGCUCCCUGACCCAUCACCGUCCGCCGCAGCACAUGACAGCCUGGCACCCGUCCUCCCUAACGGGUCAGCACAUGGUCGGAAUGUCCCCAUCAACUAACGGCUCACCGCCUCUUCAACACCCAGCUUACACCAUGAACGGGAUGCUCACCCACGGUGGGGCACAGAUCCACCCGGCGAUGAGGGAAGUUCCCCAGCAUCUGGCUGGUGCUCAUCACCCUCAAAUACAACACAACCUGCACCAGAGUGACAAUGGACUCCACCGGAUUCAUCUGGAUAAUGACGAACCUGGAAUUAUUGAAUCACCACCACCUUCCUCGGAUGACCUGGAAAACUUUGCUAGACAAUUUAAACAGCGCCGAAUCAAGCUUGGAUUCACACAGGCGGACGUGGGGCUGGCGUUAGGCACCCUUUACGGCAACGUCUUUAGUCAGACUACAAUCUGUAGAUUCGAAGCUUUGCAGCUCAGCUUCAAAAAUAUGUGCAAGUUGAAACCUCUGCUUGCUAAAUGGUUGGAAGAAGCAGACAGCACCACUGGGACUCCGACGUCUAUUGACAAAAUAGCCGCUCAGGGCCGUAAAAGGAAAAAGCGAACGAGCAUAGAGGUGAGCGUAAAAGGUGCAUUAGAAAAUCACUUUCACAAACAGCCCAAACCUUCGGCGCAAGAGAUCACCACCCUCGCUUGUAGCCUAAAGAUCGACAAGGAAGUUGUACGGGUCUGGUUUUGUAAUCGCCGACAGAAGGAAAAAAGAAUGACCCCUCCUGUAAGUACAAUGGGUCGGAACAACGACACCAACCAAACCGGACCACUAACAGUGUCUGCCAACAAUAACAGCGAGAUACUGAUAAGCCAUUCGGACGGCGGUCCCCAUGGUAGCAGUCCGCAGCGCCUCCACAACCACUCUCACAGUCCACCCAUGUUGCACUCUCCCACCCGUCACCCAGCUGGCCAUUCAAUUCAUUCUGUCGGACAGUCGCUGACUGCCCACUGACUGACAGGUUUUCGGACAUUAAAAACCAGCAGCGAACAACCUUGAUAUUCCAUUUGUUAUUUGUGUAUCUGAGUGUAUAAAACUGAACCUGAUCAGCUGGUGAUUGACUUGUAUAGAAUGAACUUAGAAAAUGCUCGCCCCAACCCUAAGUGGUAGUAAAUAAAACAUUGUUUUAUAUCGAGCAUAUAUCAAAUCUUGUGCAUAGCUGUGUGUGAGACUAUUAUAGACAGACAGGGCACGCCGAAACUAGUCGCAGAUCGAAGGAAAUGGGGGUGAAGGUAGGACGUUCCUUUCUAUUUAAGGUUUGUGGGUAAGCCUAUAGCAUCAAUAUGAGUGUCAUUUACUAUCUAGCCUCGAAUUACUCUGGUCUCCAACAACUGUAAAAAAUCAAAUCAAAGCGAAUUAUUGUUUUGUACAUUUUGCAUUAACGUUUCAAAUCCCCUGACCCUUAGUAGUUUAUGUAAAUAUUGGAAGGUACCCUCGAAGCUACACAAGAUUACUGUUUAGUAAAGAUUCAUUUUAUCUAAAAAUAAUUUAUGGAUUUUAACACUGAAAUAUUCGUAUCACUCGGGACCGCUUACAAGUACUAUACUAUAAAAAUAUUCUAAAACGAGGUUUUUGUUUUUCGCAGAAAUAAGAGGAGAAACGUGUUAUUAUUAUUAUAUACUUCUGUUAUGAUGUCUCAUAAAUAAACAACUUCUAAGAUAACCUAUAACGGUUUAGGAACUUCGAUUUGGAAAUUAAUCACUUAAAGUUAUCAAAGAAAAAAAACAUUACUCCUAAAAUUAUUGUUACAUCCUCCUCAUCCGGGACACUGUUUUGUGGCCUUGCAGGAAACAUUGCAAUAGCCAGAUAUAGUAACACCGUAACGUUUUCUUCCAGAUGUCAUUGCUAUGAAAAUGUUAGUUGAACGUAAUUUUCGGAAGUACUUUUUAAAGAAAGGGAAACGUUCAUCUAUGUUAAUAAGAUGAAUGCUGUCAAACCACCACUAACAACAAUAAUGAUUAAUGUAUAGUAAUGCCACAUGUCUAUCAUGUUCGGCAGAAACAGCAAACCACCACUAACAACAAUAAUUUUUAAUGUACAAUAAUGCCACAUAUUUAUCAUGUUCGGCAGAAACAGCAAACCACCACUAACAACAAUAAUGAUAAAUGUAUAGUAAUGCCACAUGUCUAUCAUGUUCAGCAGAAACAGCAAACCACCACUAACAA